AUGGCUGCCGAAGCACAGUCGCAGACGCCGGUGCCCGCUGCUGCAACCCCAGACGAGGCCUCCAAUGGGCCCAAUGAUGCUGUCGCAGCUCCGGCGGAGGCUGAGGCGGAGGCCGACGCCGACGCUGGCGCCGACUCGUUAAUAAACCUCACUAUUGUCCUGCCGGACUCUGAGGCACAAAAAAUGCAGAUCAUGGUGUCUACCCAAGAACAGGUCCACGAGGUCCGCCAGUCCAUCAUCGACAUGCCGUCGGCUUUUCGCUACACGUGCUUUCACCUCGAGCAUAACGGCCAAAAGGUCAACGACUUCAUCCCCCUUGCGGAAAUUCCCGAUCUCGAGCCGGAGCCCGUGUUCCACCUCGUCCAGGACCCGUAUACCGAGAAGGAGGCUCGCAUUCACCUCGUUCGCAUCCGAGAGUUGAUAGGGGCCGCUGGCGACAGGGCAGAUAUCUCGCAGGGCGUGCUGCCUGGCCUGUCGCUCUUCGAGGGGCUGUCCUUGAACUCUCAGGCGGCGACCACUGGCAACGACGCCGACCAGCUGCCCGUCAAGGACUAUGACUUCCAGGCCAUUCCGCCACUCACCACUCUCAUUCCAGAGCCCGUCAGCCCUCCUUCGAAGACUGUCAAGGGCAUCGCGCUUUCCUCUUGGAACCCCCCGCCUUGUCAUCUCAAGCAGCGCGGCCAUUUGCUCUACCUGACGGUCACGACGAACGAAGGAGAGCAGUUUCAGGUGACAGCGCAUGUGUCAGGGUUCUACGUCAACAAGUCGUCCAACGCAAAGUUCGACCCUUUCCCGAGGCCCGCUCCCAAGGGCCAGUCGGCUCACUCACUCCUGGAGCUCAUUGGCCUCCUGUCGCCUUCUUUCAACGAAACAUUCCUCCAGCUGCAGGAGUACAACAACCAGCGAGAUCCUCUGGCUACUUUCCAGAUCACAAAUGCCAUUCCUGCUGCGCCUUGGGCUGUCCCUUCUCCCAGCUCCGCCCUCUGCGCCCAUGUUCCCGACGCCACACGCCCCCAGGAGACAUACCUCCUCUCUGGAGCCGAGAACGUCGAGACUCUGCGUGACUGGAACGAGGAGUUCCAGUCCGCCAAGGAGCUCCCGAAGGAUACCGUGCAGGACCGCGUCUUCCGUGAGCGCCUGGUGUCGAAACUUUUUGCUGACUACAAUGACGCUGCCACUAAGGGUGCCGUCAUGGUCGCCCGCGGCGAGAUUGCGCCCCUGAACCCUACGGAAUGCCGGGAUGCACAGAUUUUCGUGUACAACAACAUCUUCUUCUCGUUUGGUGCCGAUGGCGUGGGUACCUUCACAUCCGAGGGCGGCGACGAGGCCGCCCGUGUUGCUACUGGCAAGGAUGUCGCUGGUGUCAGGUUGGUCAACCAGCUCGACAUUGACGGCCUGUUCACGCCUGCUACGGUGGUCGUCGACUACCUGGGAAAGCGCAUUGUUGGUCAGAGCAUUGUUCCGGGCAUCUUCAAGCAGCGGGAGCCGGGCGAGAACCAGAUCGACUACGGCGCUGUUGAUGGUAAAGAAGUCGUUGCUGCCGAUGACAGAUUCACGGUCAGCUUUGCGCAGCUCUCCAAGGCGCUCAAGGUCAAGAACCAUCCUGUCUGGGACAAGGAUGGCAAGAGAUUUGACCUGGAGGCCAGCGUCGAGACCAAAGGCCUUAUGGGAACCGAUGGUCGCAAGUAUGUCCUCGACCUGUACAGAAUCACUCCCUUCGAUAUAACCUGGCUGGACGAGACGAAGUCGGAGACCAGCGACCCGGCAAUCAAAGAGUACCCCCACCGGAUGACCGUGCUUCGCCCAGAGCUGGUGGAGUCGUUCGCUCGAUUCAGGAUGAAGCAGUGGGUGGACAAGGAGCUGGCACGCCGCGGACAGGCCAAGCAGGAGCAGUCCGCCGAGAAGUCCGCCGAGACGACCACAGAGGAGAAGAGUGCCGACAACGAGGCCGAGAGCUCCGAGAAGAAUCAGCUGGAUCUGUCCGACUUCAAGUUUGCCCUCAACCCCGACGCUUUUAGCGGCCAAGUUCCUCAGACCGACGACGAGAAGACCGAGCUCGAGAAGGACGAGAAGGAGGUCCGCGAGGCGUGCGACUAUCUCCGGGACAAUGUCAUUCCAGAGCUCAUCCGCGAGCUCUCCGACUCUGACAUCAGCUUCCCCAUGGACGGACAGUCUCUCAGCCGACUCUUGCACAAGCGGGGCAUCAACGUCAGAUACCUCGGCAAGGUGGCGACCCUCGCUUCGGAUGGCCGCGUGCGCUGCCUGCGCGAGAUUUGCAUUCAGGACAUGGUCUCUCGUGCCUUCAAGCACGUGGCUGCGAUAUAUCUUCGCGCUCUGCCCGUCCCCUUCACGCCUGCGUGCGUGUCUCAUUUGUUGAACUGCCUUCUUGGCCACAAGUUCAACACUAAGCCUAGCGCUGAGGUUGACUCGUCCCUCCGAGAGCUCUAUCCUGAGGCAGACCUUAGCUUCGAGCACGUCACGCCAGAGAGCCUUCGGGAGAGCAUCGAGGAGCAAGUCCUCCAGCGUUUCAGGUACAAGCUGGACGCGGACUGGGCCCAGGAAAUUCGCAGCACGCAGCUCCUCCGCGAGGUCUGCCUGAGGCUCGGCUUCCAGGUCCAGGCCAAGGACUACACCUUUGACAACGCUCAAAAGACUGAAACCCCAGUCGAAGCGGAGGCCGCUUCGGGUCAGACCAAUGGGCAGGUCAACGGUGAGUCCAAGAAGAAGAAGAAGAAGGCUCGCGAUGGCUCGCCCGCCUCUACCGCAUCAGCGACGACAAACACCACGUUCACGCCGGACGAUGUUGUCGAUGUUGUACCUCUGAUCAAGCACUCCUGCCCCCGAAGUGCUCUCGCAGAGGAGGCUCUUGAGGCCGGUCGUCUCUCCAUCAUUCAAAACCAGAAGAAGCUUGGCCAGGAGCUGUUGCUGGAGUCCCUGUCGCUCCAUGAGCAGAUCUACGGAAUUUUGCACCCGGAGGUGGCCAAGGUGUACAACAGCCUGUCCAUGCUGUACUAUCAGCUUGAUGACAAGGAGGCGGCCGUCGAGCUGGCGCGGAAGGCCAUCGUCGUUGCAGAGCGUACUGUCGGUGUUGACUCAGCUGAGACACUGCUCAACUACCUGAACCUGAGCCUGUUCCUGCAUCAGGUCGGAGACAGCAAGGGCGCCCUCACAGCAUCGAAGCAUGCCUUGAUGCUCUGGAAGAUCAUCUACGGCCCUGGCCACCCGGACUCUAUCACGACCAUCAACAAUGCGGCCGUUAUGUUGCAGCAUCUGAAGGCGUACCACGAAUCGAGGCUCUGGUUCGAGGAGUCGCUCCGAGUCUGCGAAUCUGUCUUCGGAAAGCAGUCGGUGAACUCUGCCACGCUCCUGUUCCAGCUCGCCCAGGCUCUGGCGCUUGACCACGACUCCAAGGCCGCAGUGAACCGCAUGCGCGAGUCGUACAACAUCUUCCUCAACGAGCUCGGACCGGAGGACAAGAACACGAAGGAGGCCGAGAGCUGGCUGGAGCAGCUGACGCAGAACGCCGUCUCCAUCGCCAAGCACGCCAAGGAUGUCCAGGCCAGGCGCAUCCGAUCGGGCAUCCGCUUCCCCGCAACUGCUGCGCCGGCCCAGGCUACCACCGGUGGCCCUGCCCAGCGCAUGUCGCCGUCUUCGCAGAUGGACUCCCGCAGCAUUGACGAGCUCAUCAAGUUCAUCGAGGGCGGCGAUCAGAAGUCAGCGUCGUCUAAGAAGCGACCUGGCCGCGGCAACCCGAAGCGCAGGGGCCAGAGCACAAAGGCGUAA